CAGCCAUCGUCCAUUCAUGCGCGCGCAACUCUAUGAAGACCGUCGAGCAUGGACACUUACGGUCCAGUUCAAGGUACAAGCCCGCAUUUUGCCACAGAAAAGGCGCUUGCUUGUCACUGCAAACGAUAAAGAGUAGACGCUCAUACUGUGAAUGCAAACAGUUUGUGCUCGCCCAUCACCGGAGCACUGUAUGCUGGCACACUGCUGUAACUGCUGAAGCCUCGAUUUAUGCUAGCCUUAUUUACCUUCAUUAUCUAGGUCACCGCUAUGCCGGUUAUACAUCAUACCCCCGAAGCUCUACUGCCUCGUUCUGAUUCGAAGAACCCUUCGACAACGUGUAAGGGCAUAACCUCGAGCGGAAGACCAUGUAGACGAGCAUUAGCCGUGAAAACUAAGCGACCAUCAGGUGUUCUCGCAGUAGUCUCCGUCGGUAAUGACCGAGAUGCCGCAGCAUUCUUUUGCUGGCAACAUCAAGACCAAGCCGACCUGCUUACGGUACGGAACAACGAUCUCGACAUAGUUGAAGAAGAAACAACAAUAAUACCUUUAAGAGAGCGGAGUAGUAUAGAUACAUUGGUACAGAGACUUGGUGUGCUGGAAUUCGAGAACAAUGUGCCAGAGAAAGAAGCUCGAAGUAUACAGAAGCGUACACGGCAAGAUCAUUCAGAGCGAUAUAAUGCGCCAACACAAGGCAUUGCUCGGCCAAGGACAUGGGAGAACGUUUCUGGACCCGUCAUGAUCGCACGGCGGAGUGACUCGCGCUUUCAGAAACCACCGUACAUGUCUAAGCCUGCCGCGAAGCCCAGGAAGAUAGGGUUUUGGCAGUUCCUCUGCUGCGGCUCGACUGAUACCGAUCACGACGGGCUGAAACAAGUCAGGCGAAGAGAGGCAAAACAAAGGCAGCAAGAGUCCACUACCAUUCGCCCAUCAUAUCAAAAACCAAUGGAAGCGUCAAGACCGCACAGCACAGAAAUUGCUCCGAACCAUCAAAGCGCUACUGUCAACCCAACUAUCUCACGCAUACCAGCACGAAAGACCGUCAGCGAUAGCUCGGUCAGCCCAGCAAAUUCACUUGGUCAGCAAACCAAUCCCAUGAGAUCACCCAAACAAAAUAUGAAAUCUCCGAUUCCUACGUCCCUUCCACCCGCGAUCAGCAUGUCUCUCCUACGAUAUCUCUCAUCGCCACCCUCGUUGCAUGACGAGCCGGGAUACAUCUAUAUGUUCUGGUUGACUCCCUCCACCACCUCACCACCACCACAACGCACCUCGUCCACACUCUUAUCCGCCCGACCAGACAUCCCACGCGGCCGUCGCGCAAGUGACGUGCUCUCAGAAUACUCCAGCGCCCGUUCCAACAGUUUGGGGAAGAUGUCCACAAAGCUUACAAAGCCAGCUACCAUCUUGUUGAAGAUAGGGCGGACGGACAACGUCUGGCGGCGCAUGCGCGAGUGGGGGCAACAGUGCGGCACCGUACCGAAUCUGCUCAGAUACUAUCCGUAUGUUGCGAGUUCUCCCGCUGUGUCCCCGUCAGGAUCAUCAGCAACGUCACCGGCAGCAUCCCCUGGAGCACAUCCCCGCCGUGCUUCUCUCCAGCCGACUCAUCAACAGCGACCUGACCAUAGACGCGCGCGCAGUUCUGGUAACGGCGUUCGCCACGUUCCACACGCAACGCGCGUCGAGCGGCUGAUCCAUCUCGAACUUGCCGACCAGCAAGUCGAUAUCGAGUGUGCGUGCGGCACGACGCAUCGCGAAUGGUUUGAGGUCGAAGCCACUCUGGAGGGUGUCAGGAGAGUAGAUGAGGUUUGUAGGAGGUGGGUGGAAUGGGACGAAAGUGGAAGAAAUCUGGGUAGAUGAUAGUAGCGAUGAUAUGAUGACAGAAGUAUUCUACUUGGACAAACCGAUGCGCGGCAUUUCCGCACUCUUGUGUCCUGCAUCCUUCAGCCCCCUUCUCGUCGCCAUACAGAACUGCCAUUACUCGCUCGCAAGGUUUUCAAUGGACUGUCUUGGCAUGGCCGGAA